AUGAAAUAUUACAUACAAGAAACAAAAUGGAAACAAAUUUUUGCAAAUUUGAAAAGCGUAAAAGGAAUACACAGUAAAAACGAAGAUCGGAUAAGAAGGUUCAUGGAAUCAGUGUGGUACAUGGCUCGAAGUGGUUGCCAAUGGCGACUUUUACCAGAAAUAUAUGGCAAUUACAGAAGCGUACAUAAGAGAUUCAAAAAGUGGUGUGAAAAGGGAAUUUGGGAAAAGCUGCUCAAAUAUACACAAGAUCCAGAUUUGGAAGUGCAAAUGAUAGAUGGAACAAUCGUUAGAGCACAUGCUUGUGCGGCUGGAUACAAGAAGGAUACCGGAACUCAAGAAGCACUGGGACGCAGCAAAGGUGGCUUUACAACAAAGAUACAUGCUCUUGUUGAUGCUCUGGGAAAUCCGCUUAAAUUUACUUUAACUGCUGGUCAAAGGAACGAUAUUACACAGGCUGAAGCAUUAACUGAGAAUGUCUCAAAUUCAGUUGUGGUGGCCGAUAAAGGCUAUGAUAGUAAUGCUUUUAUUGUGGGUCUUGAGAAUAAAGGAUGUGAGGUUGUUAUUCCUCCGAAGCGUAACCGAAAAGUGCAGAGGUAUUAUGAUGAGCAUAUUUAUAAAGAACGUCAUUUGAUUGAAUGCUUUUUCGGCAAAAUAAAACAUUUUAGGCGGAUUUUUUCAAGAUUUGAUAAGACUGCCACGGUUUAUUUAGGCUUUUUAAACUUCGUUGGGGCCCUCAUAUGGCUUGCUUAA